CUGCUUUCUUCCACACCUACUUCCAACUGAACGGUCUCGCUCUUUCCUUCUAGCUGACCACUGUGCGACCAUGGCCCUGGGUCCCGCCGAGGUUGCUCAUGGUCCGAUGUUCAUUGGACUCUUUCUGAACGUUCUCCUUUUCGGUAUGGUCAUCCUGCAGACGCACACGUACUUCACGACUGUAUGGCGGAAAGACUCGCGCUGGAUCCACUCUUUCGUCCUUCUUGUCCUGCUUCUGGACACCUUGAAUACCUUUUUUGACUUUGCGUAUCUCUACAUGGCGCUUAUCGUUCAUUUCGGUGAAGGCGAUCGUGGCUCUGCGGUCUGCCGAGUGCUCAUUUAUUCGUCAGGCGACCUGCAAUACCUGCGAUCCGCAACUUGGCUCUUCAUGACAGACCCUAUAAUGACGGCCAGCAUUGCGUGCCUCGUUCAGAUCUUCAUGGGAUGGAGGGUGUAUCUGCUGACAAGGAACACCGUAUGGUGCGGUAUUGUGAUCGUCGUGAUGGCACUCGCUGGUCUUGCCGGAGGGCUGGCGACUGCUGUCGAGGGAUUGCGCAGACCCCAGUUUCAACAGUUCCAAGCCGCUAAAGUCAGUCGCAGACAACUUCCGCAGACGGUUGAUGCCUUACGAGUGUCAAAGCCCUACGUGAUUACCUGGCUCGCGUGCGAGGUUGUGGCGGAUAUCUUGAUAGCAAGCAUCCUCGUCGUCCAACUGAAUUCCGACUGUGCCGCGGGACUUGCAAAUGAAGUGAUUCACAGAGGCAACGUCGCACAGGAUUUGCGAGAACCGAUGCUGUUGUGGACCACAUCGUCACCAUGUCGAUACAAACCGGAUCGAUCACCUGCCUGUUUGCUGUCUUGGACCUCAGCUUUUAUCUCGCUACUAGCUCAGGAAUCCUCAAUAGCCGGUAACGGAUGGUGGCUGUCAUAUGCUGUUUGUCGUAACCGAUUCUGUUGCAGAAGAGGCUGGGGAUAUGACGAAGAGGACGGCAACACCGGCAGGACUGAGGAGAGCGCUCUGGUCGACCAGGAUAUCAGAUUUGUCGGUCUCCAAAAGAAACCAGUGCCACCUCCGCGAGAUUCCUUCGUGCCUGUGAUCGAUGUUGAGAUAUUGGCUCUCUUGAAUAACGAACCAGGCAACGAGGCGGAUUUGACAAACACCUUGGUUGGUUCGCAUCACACAGAGUCGAGUCAAAAGAUAAUGGAGUGAGCAAACGCGCAUGUACACAAAUACAACAACAACAACAACAACAAGGAGCGGAUAGGCAUAGUACAGGGACAGGCAUAGGCAUAGGCAUAUAGGCAUAAACAUAAUAACAGAACUUCAGAGAG